AUGCGACAGCUCCCAGGGGCUCCCCAGCCAUCAGCUCGGGUCCUUGGCCCCCCGGGGGUCAGCUGUGGUCAGUCAUGGAGACUCGGCCCAGGGGCAGAGUGGGAGCGGGGGCCGAGCCAAGGGCUCACGGCCGAUCCCCGGCCCCAGGCCUCUGACCUGCAGGUGGAGCUGAACCAGGCGCCCCAGAAGAAGCCGGAGCUUGGGGAGUCCCUGAUGUUUGGGAAGCACUUCACCGACCACAUGCUGAGCGUGGAAUGGUGCAGCCAGGAGGGCUGGGCCGUGCCCCACAUCCACCCCUUCCGCAGCCUGGUGCUGCACCCCGCCUGCUCCGCCCUUCACUACGGCAUCGAAGUGGCUGGCCACCCCUUUGUCCCCCGGGUCCGGCCCCUUCCUCCUUUGGGCUCCAAACCUCCCUCGUCCCCCCCCUUGCCCCUCCCGGGAGCCCCCCCCCCCCGCAGGAACUACGGGCCCACGGUGUUCGUGCAGCAGGCAGCCCUCCAGCAGGGCUGUGAGCAGGUGCUGUGGCUCUACGGGCCCGACCACCAGCUCACCGAGAUAGGGACCAUGAACAUCUUCAUCUUCUGGACCCACGAAGAUGGCGCGCUGGAGCUGGUGACCCCCCCACUGGACGGCAUCAUCCUCCCUGGGGUGACUCGGCAGAGCCUGCUAGACCUGGCCCAGACGUGGGGGGAGUUCCGAGUGUCGGAGCGGAAGGUGUGCAUGGCGGAGCUGGUCCUGGCCCUCCGCGAGGGCCGGGUGCGAGAGGUCUUUGGCUCGGGCACGGCCUGCCAGGUGUGCCCCGUGCACAGCGUCCUGUACCAGGGGGAGCACCUUCACAUUCCCACCAUGGAGAAUGGGCUCGAGCUCAUCCACAGGUUCCAGAAGGCUCUGAGUGACAUCCAGUAUGGAGAUGGCAGCCACGAGUGGAUGUUCUCCGUGUGAGCUGGAGGGGGGUCCGGCCCUGGCUCCCCUCCUUCGGGCCCUCCCCCACUCUGCUCUCGGACACUUGUCCCCUCCCCGCCUCCUCUCCCCCUCCUCAACCAAAGACUCCAAGUGCAAUAUUCUGCUCCAGGCGGGGGAGCCGGGACGCCUGGGUCCCUGCGGCCCCCAGCCAAGCUACACUCCCAAAGCCAUAGCGGUCAGCGUCCAGGUGCCUGGCCGGCUCCCCCAGCCCGGGGAGAGCCACACUCCGUUCCCCAGCAGCUUCCCCCGGAGCAGCUGGGGCCCCCUCACACCCCCAGCCCCCGAAGCCUCUGGUUGCAGUUAAUUUUUUUCCUGCAUUUUCCAAAUAAAAAGCCAAAGGAUAAAA